GGAAUAACUUAGACCAACUGGGAUUCUGUAACACCUACUUUUUAAGAAUAGUAAAACACCAGAUCAACCUAAAACAGCUCCCCAAACAGUGGGCGGGACAUAAGAAAAAAGAAAUUGUAGGCCUUUUCACCCAGAUCAUAGCUAAACCCGCCAUCUUCACUUCCGGCAAAACUCACCCCCAAAAGCGCUCCGAAUAAUCCUUGUUUUCAAACCUGUCAUGGCCACCCCGUCUAACCCCUCUGAUUCAGAGGUUGUUUAUCGGAGGCAAAACAAGGGACCCCCUUUCAAGUUCCUAGUCCCUUUAGUCUAUGCCCCGGUUCUCCCUUUGAUUCGGCUUUCUUUGAGGAAGAAUCCAGUUUUAAGGGACCGCUUGUUUACUCUUGUAUUGGCUGGGGCUUUUGUUCAUGGUUCUUAUCUGGUAGCGGAUCUAUAUGAUGUUGAGAGCAAGUGAAAAUGCGUUGGACUUUAGAAAGUGAUUAUCUCUUCAAAAAUUCUUCUUGUUUUCUGGAUCUCAUGCAGCUUGAUCUUCUGAAAUUUGAGGGGCUUGGAACAAGUUGAAGAUUGUAUUCUUCUCAUUCCGUUAAUUGUGGAAUGAUAAUUGUAUUUUGCACCUAUAAUUCUUUUGGACCAAAGAUUUAAUGGCUGCAGGUUGCGGAAUUAGUUUCAGUUUUAAAGAGAAAUAAGAUAAGAGUGAGCUGCUUUUGUUAAA